AUUAUUUUGCCUCAAAAUUUUCAAAAACUCCCGCCGUUUUCCCUCCACAAAAUCUCCCUCGUUUCUUCGUCUCAAAAACUCCUCCUUUAGAUCCAGAAUUCUAAUCCUUGUUAGCAUUUCUUUUCUCAUCAAUCUCUCUCUCUCUCUCUCUCUGUUAUUCUCACGUACAAGCUUCCCUGUUGGAAAAAUGGGGAAGCAAACCAAAGCUAAAACCACCCAAUCCUUUGGCAAGGGAAAAGUAACGCCGAUGCAAAUUGCAUUCAUUGUAGAUCGAUAUCUCUCAGAUAACAAUUUCUCUGAAACCCGCUCAGUUUUUAGAACUGAAGCCUCUUCUCUCAUCUCCAAAUCUCCAGUUCAAGAGGCGCCCAAGAGCUUAUUGAGUUUAGGGGCGAUGUUGAAUGAGUAUAUAUGCUUGAAGGAGCAGAAGGUGAUGGUAGAUCAAGAAAGGGUCCGUUUGGAGCAAGAGAAAUUCAGGGUCCAGAAUCUUUUGCAGGGAAUGCAAGAUGUUAUGAAUGCUUAUAAUGCCAGUGGAACCGCACCUAAUUCUACACCCAUGAUCCAGCCCUCUGCAAACAGACCUUUGGCUAUGGCUCCUCAACUAGGCCCUGUUACUGGAUCUUCAGCAGGUCCCAUGUACACAUCACCAACUCUUAUGCCAAUCUCCAUGCCUUCCAACAUCAUGAAGGAGAACAAUAAUCUUUCAGCUGCAAAUUGCACAUCAACAAGAAAAAGAUCUGGCGCAAGUGUAGCUGCAGAAGGCCCUCUAGCUACUAAGAAAUCUCGUGGCAAGUUACCAUCCAGGAAAGCACCAAAUACAGGUACAUGCAGCCAAUCUGAUAAUGCAGCAACCAUUCGAGAAACUGCUUGGCCUGAUAAUGCAGCCAAUACUAAAGAACCUGAGUCCUCUGUGAUUGGGUCGUCACCCUAUAACCGCACACCUAGUGGUCCAAUGGUCCAAGGAUAUAGUGUAGCCAAGAAUUUGUUCAAUCAACCAUGGUUAUCUUCUCCAGCUAACUCAACUGGCCCCAAAACACCACCACAAGCAGUUUCCUCUCACAAUGAGAAAUCUGCCUCUCCAGUUAAUAUCUCUUCCACUGCUCAUUGCAGUAACAGCAAUACUCCUCAAGAAACUCCUACCAAUUGUACUGUAAUUACAUCAGAAAGAGUCGUUGUGAGCCCAUGCAAACAUGUGGCAUAUACCAUGGAGAGAAACCAUUGCAUUUCUUCUACCUCUCCAACCAAGACAACCUUUAAGAGGUUGAGUAAGAGGGAAAAUGUAAAGGGAAGGCUUGAUUUUGAUGGGUCAGAUGUGAUAACAACCUUUGAUAAUCCAAUUGUUGAGGAGAUUUCAACAUCUGAGUCUGAUAAAGAAGGAGAUAUCUUUGACAUUGAUUUGCCAAAUUUAGAUGCACUUGGAGCUAACUUUUCCUUCUCAGAAUUGUUAGUUGAUCUAGAUCUUGGCUUUGAUGGGUUGGGUUGUCCAUGCCAGCCAAUCUUGGGUGGUUCUGCAGACACUGUUUCAGGGUAUUUCUACCAUGUCAGUUCCCAACACAUCAGACAAGCCUGA